UAGAGGCCUAUAACACGUGCCCUGUGGCUGCAAAAAGCCCCUUGCUGUCACCUUCGUCUCGAGACAUGUGAACAGCCUGGUACCUUGAUUCUGCACGGAUACAACGACGACGGAAUCGUCCGGAUUACUCCCAGAGGCCGUUCCGACUAAAAUUCUUUCCCAGGCACAUGCCCCGUGCCUGGGUUCCUACAUUCGCCCGUUUCUCUCGCUACAUCCUCGUAAUUAAGUCAGCCGGUUUCAGUCAAUCACGCUGUUUUCACAUUACAGGCCAAACGAGGCUGCAGUUGUCCAGCUGCCUCGCUGCAGAGGCGGUCAACGAGAAUAGAUUUCGCGCCAAAAUUUGGAUGAAUAUGGGCGGCUUCGGUUACAGUCUUCGGGGACAGCGAUACAGCUGUCCUGCUGAUUGCAGUGUUCCAGCGCGUGUUGCUGGCGUUUGCUUCUCCGGUCUUGGGUUCGUGCUUGCUCGUAGGUAGAUACAGUACGGAAUAAAUGGCGAUAACUAGUAAAACAGCGGGGUGAGCCACCGUGCAGAAAGCCUCUGACA